AUGACUCACGGAUUGCAGACGCAAGAUGACCAGCAGAAGUGUUCGGGCAUGUACAGCAAGAAGUCUUGGGGCGGCCCUAUCGAUCCCUUCAUUGAAGUCAAAUUCGUAGACACGGACAAGAACAAGGAGCUGAAGGAUCCGACAGUCAGUGUCAUAGUAUGGGAAUGGAAGGAUUCGGCGCUUCUUGGGAAGCAAACUGGCGAGGAGCUCAUAUACAUUUGCGACGACCAAAGCAUAAAACAGAAUCUCUGCAAUGAGACACACAAAGCAGAGUGGAUCCUCGCCGACGAUUACGAGGCCAAGUCGAAGAACCUCAUCCGCACCGAAGCAAUCCACCUCGACAAGAAGAAACCCAUCAACUACCCCAACAAGGACAAUGCGGAGAAGGUGCCGCUCAAGACAGGCUACUACUGCGUGGCCACCCUACCAUUCACAGAAGGUGUCAAGUACGAAGCCAUCGUGACGUUCCGCAACGCUUACGGAGAGUUGCCUGCGGCCCAAAUACCAAAACUGCCCUUCUACGGCGGCAUUACGAUCGCAUACUUCGUCGUCAGCAUUUUCUGGGGCUUCCUGUACUUCCAGCACCGGCACGACAUUCUUGCCGUACAGAAUUAUAUCACGGCUAUCUUGGUGUUCCUCGUCUUGGAGAUGCUGAUGACAUGGGGCUUCUAUGACUACCAGAACCGCCAUGGUAACAACUUGGGCGCCAAGGUCUUGAUGAUUGUUGUUGCCGUCUUGAACGCCUUCCGCAACUCCUUCUCUUUCUUCUUGCUGCUGAUUGUGUGCAUGGGAUAUGGUGUGGUCAAGCACACCUUGGGCAAGACAAUGAUCAUUGUACGGUGGCUAGCCGUGGCACACUUUGUGUUUGGUGUUGUAUACGCCGUUGCAUCUCUCACAAUUCGACCAGACGAUGCAGGCCCGCUUGUGCUAUUGGUCAUCCUCCCCCUUUCCGCGACCCUGACGGCUUUCUACAUCUGGACCCUCAACUCGUUAAACCUUACAAUGAAGGAUCUUUUGGAACGCAAGCAGCACGUCAAAGCCAACAUGUACAAAAAGCUCUGGUGGUGUAUUCUGACGAGCAUCGUCGUCAUUUUCGGCUUCUUCUUCCUCAACAGUUUCACCUUUGCUGGCGUCUCAAAUCCUGACUUCGCGCCCUCACACUGGCAAACGAGGUGGUUUGUUUUGGACGGCUGGUUAAAUCUGGUGUAUUUUGCAGAUGUGUGCUUCGUUGCGUACAUGUGGAGGCCUACGGCGAACAACAGGCGGUUCGCCAUGAGUGACGAGAUUGCACAAGACGACGAAGGCUUCGAAAUUGCAUCAUUACGCGACUCUCUGGACGAGGAAGAAGGGGGCGGUCCAGCCGCGUACGACCCAGCCCCCAGACACCGCAGCCCUCCACCCUUCAACCGCGAUGCUUCACCACUACCCGCCCCUAAGCCACAGAAGCCCGUCGUUCCGCCAAGAGAAAGCUUGGAUGGCGACACAAUUUUUGCCGUGGGUGAAGACGACAAGUGGAGCGACGAUGAGGAUAUGGAGCCCGGGAGCGGCGAUGACGAACGGGAAAGGUUGACGAUAAACACUAGAAAGAAUGACUGA